AUGAAAAGUGUAAAGGAAGUUGACAGUAGUUUAAAAAAGAUGAUUAAAGGUGCACAGAAAGAGAAGAUAACAAACUUAGCAGAAAGGAUCUUUAAAAUAAUUUCCGAGACACCAGCACACCCUUUAUUAGAUGUGAUUGAAUCGACUGUUCAUUCUCUCAACUCAAAUAUCUCGCGAAUUGUCGUAACGAACAAAGACAAAAACGAAAAAGUUGCGUCGGAAAUCAAACGUUUUGUUAAAGAAACAUCGAGAGAACUUGUUUCUCACAUAUCGUCAUAUUUGAGAUUGAAAAGUGUGGAACAAUUACCGAUAACUCAAUUCGAAGAUCUACUUUUUGAUUUGUCAUUUGAUUCCAUUAAAAAAUUAUUCUGUUCGAAAGAAGAAAACAAAGACAAAGAUAUGGAGUAUCAAUUCAAAAAACUGGUUGCGACUGAUCUGAAAAAAGAAUUUCGCGUUAUUCCUCCCAAAUUCCCAGCAGACAUAGAAGCAAUUUUUGUUAAGUCUUUAGUUGCAUUAAAAGGGCUUGACAAAACAACAACACUCAUUAAAACAAGGGCAAUUAUCGACAAAAUUCAGGAACUAAUUUCGCAAGAUUUGUCAUGUGCCAUCGACCAGAAAAAACUUUCAGAACUAUGUACAGAUGAUUACAUCAACAUCCUUGCGUUCUUGUUGACCGAGUCUCAUCUGACAAACAUCUUUGGGAUACUCGCCAUGAUAGAGGGGUUUAAGAAUGACUCUGACGAUACCUCACGUUUCGGCCUUUCAUUCAUUAAUCUGUGCGUUGGUGCCAAGACACUCAGCACAAUGUGA